UUAGUUGUAGGCAGCUCGCGUCGGUGGCUGCACCGCGCCGACACUCGCCGACACACGCCGACACUCGCCGACACGCGCCGAAACACGCCGACACACGCGACCGGCGCGCUCCUGUAAACUGUUCGGAGAUAUCUCGCGAGUGAGUGUGAAGUGCUGGGUUCUUAUUAUUAUCUGGAUUCGGACAAUGUCAUAAAGAUGGGUGCGCAUGUAGCGGGAUGGGCGCGGCGCGGCAGUGAGUGAUGUCAGUCUCCGCGCUCGGCGUCACGCUCGCCGUCACGCUCGGCGUCACGCUCGCUGCGCUGGUCGCCCGCGCCGGCGGCGGCUCGCUCGAAGCAGGGUCGGCGGCGACGGGCCCGAGCGUGGUGGUGUCGCACUCCGACCUCACCGAGCUGGCGGAGCUGGCCGGGGUGGUGCCGGCGUGGCGCGAGCUUUGGCUGGGCUCGCUGGACGCGCUGCACCGCGAGCCCUCCAUCAACAACACGCAGGAGGACGUGCUGGCGCAGCUCGGGGCAGUCGCUUUCCUGCACUGUCCCGUCCGCAACCUCGGCGAGCGAGGGGUGUCGUGGGUUCGGCGCCGCGACUGGCACAUCAUCAGCUCAGGAGUGCUCAUGUACACAAAUGAUGAACGGUUCCAGGUGCUGCACAGCGAGGGGUCGGAUGAUUGGAUCCUGCAGAUUAAGUACGUUCAGAAACGAGACAACGGAACUUACGAGUGUCAGGUGUCGACGGCGUCCGGCACGCUGUCCCGGCUGGUGCACCUGCACAUCGCGGUGCCGGAAGCAUUCAUCCUGGGCGCCGACGAGCAUCACGUGGACGCCGGCUCCACUAUCAACCUCGUCUGCAUCAUCGAAAAGAGUCCGGUCCCGCCGCAGUACGUGUUCUGGUACCACAACUCGCGCAUGAUCAACUACGACGCGGCGCGCGGGGUGACGGUGCAGACCGAGCCCGGCCCCAAGACGCAGUCCGCGCUCGCCAUCCGCUCGGCCGCGCCGCGACACUCCGGCAACUACACCUGCGCCGCCGCCAACACCGAGCCGGCGCACAUCUACGUCUACGUCUCCGAGGGCAGCGACAAGAUGGCGGCGACGCUGAGCAGGAGCCGGAGCGGGCGCGGGGCGGCGGGGGGCGCGGUCCUGCUCGCCAACCUGCUCGCCGCCCUGCUCGGUGUGAGGCUCGGCGCGCUCUGAGCCGCCCGACCCUGUCUAGUCUAGUUUACUGUGUACAUACUAUGUUGUAAUUAUAACAAUAACUUGAAUUGAGGAAUUUUAUAAAUGUAUUAUUAAUGUAAAUCUAUUCGAAUUUUAUUGUCCUUCAAAAAGGAAUUGCCCAUAUGUUUUAUGAAAACAAAAUGUAAAUAACGAGAUAAUAACUAUAUUUGGCCGACACUUGUCUUGAUGGGAUCGAUUUUAUUCAAUUUAUAUCAUCUACAUUAUGUGAAUUUAUACAGUAAUAACAUUUUUACUUAGGAGAGUUACGAAUGGUGUGAAAUGGACUGUUGUGUCGGUCACUGCGACGGUGCAACUCCACUAGCUCCGAACUGGACUUUUAUAUUUAUAAAGAUUUGAUUCAAAUAAAAUAUAAGACGUGAGGCGCGCGUGCAUGUGUGUGUGUGUGUGUGUGUGUGUUAUAACAUUAGGUGAACUGAACGUGGUCGAGACUCGUUGAGCGACAGAGGACGGUGCGGUCUCUGUCGCCCCCCGGACCGGGAAUAGGAUUAAGUUAAUUGUAAGUUGUCGACGCCACCGCAGAUACGUAUGUACCUAACGAAUGUGACUAGACGCCAUUUUGUUACCGAGACCCUCCCGGCUCGCCCGGGGAGCACGGGGAGCACGGGGAGCCCGGGGUGUCCGGCCACAAGAUGGCGUCGAACGUUUAAUCAACGUCAGGAUUCAUGUUUUUCUCAAGACUUCCAAUUAUGUAAUGAAUAAUAAAGAAUUGUAAAUAA